AAAAUCUAAAGCGAAGCACAUCUUUGACCUUUUCCUUUCCUUUCCUUUCCUUUGUACACUAGGAAAUGGAGAAAUAAACCUUACAAGGAUCAGCAAAAUUUCAAGCUGGAAAUACAUAUUUCACACCCAAGAACACCUCAUCAUGUCUCAAUCUGAAUCUUACCCAAGAGAAUCAACCACCACCACCGGCGUCCAUGUCACCGCCCUAGAUGGCCUGGUAAAUGUUAAUUCCCUCUUUACAAUAGCAGUCUUUGUGGGUCUCUCCUUGACGACUCCCGGCCAGCACAGCCUUGAAAACCCAUCUGCCUGCGAUGCCGGCGUCGACGUGGCUGAGAAACUCCUGGUUUUCGAGGUGGUAUCUUUCAGCUUCUUUCUGUUUUCCUCUCUAGUGGCCCAAGGCCUUAAAUUGGCCAUUAAUUUGUUGAAUAGCAAGGAUGUAGAUGAGAUCUUUAGGGCCCAUAUAAAUUUGAAGGUGUUAAGGUUGGGGAUGUUGGCCUCCGCCGUUGGUUCUGUGAUGGGGUGCUUGUUUUUGAUGCUGUCAAUGGUAAAUGUGAUCCAGAUUAGAUUGGGGAUGUUAUCUUGUGGGAGUAAGUCGGCCGUGCACUCUGUGGCGGCACUUGUGGUUCUGAUGACCUCUGCACUUGCUUUUUAUAUUUCCACUGCUGUGUAUUCCUUUCUUCAUUGAAUCAAAUUGUUCGAAAAUAUCUAUGUCUAUGCAUUAUUAGAAUGUGCUAAGAUUUGGAUUAAUGUUAACUUGGAGGAUUUGAAGUUCUUUGUAUGAUUAGCUAGAGAAAGUUUUGGUUUAAUUGUUGUAUCAGUGUGUAAAUUUGAGUUGAUGAUCAUAUGGUUAUUUCAAUUCAAGUUUGAUGAAUCAUCUACCUCAAUAAUGUUAAUGCCCU